UGUCCCCGGUACCAUGGCGUCCAGCGAGGAGGACGGUUCGGUGGAAGAGAAGGAGAACAACAACAAAAAGCGCAGCAAAAGCGCCAUCGCUACCGCAUGGCUCACGUUUUAUAACAUUACCAUGACGGCCGGGUGGCUGGUGCUGGCAGUAGCGAUGGCCAGGUUUUAUAUCCAGAAGGGAAAUCACCGAGGGCUCUAUAAAAGCAUAUCCAGGACACUGAAGUUCUUCCAGACGUUUGCGCUGCUUGAGGUCAUUCAUUGUGCCGUUGGGAUUGUGCGUACCUCUGUGAUUGUGACUGGGGUCCAAGUUUGUUCCAGAAUAUUCAUGGUUUGGUUCAUCACUAACAGCAUUAAACAGAUCCAGAACGAAGAGAGUGUUAUCCUUUUCCUGGUCGUGUGGACGGUGACAGAAAUUACCAGAUAUUCCUUCUAUACAUUCAGCUUGCUCAACCACCUGCCAUACUUCAUCAAAUGGGCCAGGUACAACAUGUUCAUCGUGAUGUACCCGCUGGGCGUGGCCGGAGAGCUCAUGACCAUUUACACGGCACUGCCAUACGUGCGCAAGUCCGGGAUGUUCUCUAUGCGGCUGCCCAACAAAUAUAACGUCUCUUUUGACUACUACAUCUUCCUCAUCAUCGUCAUGCUCUCAUACAUCCCACUGUUCCCCCAGCUGUAUUUUCACAUGCUCCGUCAAAGGAGAAAGGUACUUCACGGGGAGGUGAUCGUGGAGAAGGACGACUAGAGCGGUCUGGUAAGCGCGCCCAGCUUCCUACAGCGGGAGCAGCACUGUGCGACGGAGGAGGGCAACCCACCAUCACCAGUACCGCCACCAGUACCAGCAGCAUCUCUGUCGCCAGCCAAUCAGCAAGCGCGCUUCGAUAAUAAACAUCUGUGCAUGAAAACAUACGGAUUCUUUAAAUUAUUUUUAACGUUCCACUGAACACCGAAACAUCCUGUGGCUCUUCUGUAAAGUCAAAGCAAGGGAAAAGGCAGAGAUGGUAGAUUUUGUGCCUCGGUCCAGCUGAAGCUAACCUUUCUCGUAUUUUAAGGAGACCUGACACUAAGGUGAAUAUUGCUGGAUUUUUCAUAAACUUGCUAAACGUCCAUCAACCAGUCAGAAAUGGUUGUCAUGGUUACAGACAGGAGUCGGAGACAAAUAACUGUUAAUGGGUACACGGUUUACUUACUGCCUUCUAGUGCUUUCUCUUUACUUUGCCCAUUUGCUUCGCUUAUUGUAAUGUUUACAAAUCUCAACCAAAACUAACCAAAUAGUAGAGCACCCCUAUUGUGAAGUCAUGAGUAUAUGGAUUUGAAACAGCAGCAGCAAAUCAACCUGAAUGCAUACUUGUGUUCUUUGGAAGUCAGUGAUGCUAUUGCCCUCCUGACCCAUAGGGGGUGAUGUGUACUCACUAAAAGGUUGGUCAAUUGCUGCCCAAAAGACACGGGAGUCUAAUGGGUGUUUAGCAAACAUUUACAGACAUAUAGAGAAGAAAAUGACAAAAUAUUGGGAAUGAAUCUAUCUAUCUAUCUAGCUAUCUGUGUGAAUGAUCUAUCUAUCUAUCUGUCUGUCAUCCCUUUUCUAUCAUAUCCAUCUCAAAGACAUUUCGUUCCAGAUGCUAAUUAAACUGACGCCUGUCUAAAAUCUUAGAUUUUUUUUUCUUUUUUGUAAAUCUCUGUUCAUAUAUUUAAUGAGAACUUACUCUGUCAUUGUUCUGUUUACUAUACAAGCCUUCUGUUUUCCAUAAUUUGGUGUUCAGCUAGACAGGCUGAUCUAAGGUAUUCUGUAAGGUGCUAACGUGAGAUCACUGCAGCUACUAGCGGGCGUGUAUCUCAGGCUUGACUGGGAGUGGCAGGGCAUGUUUUUGCGGUGUGCAUUGAGCAUGUGUCAGUGUGGCGGUCGACAUCUUGAUCCUGCAGUGCAUCUGGUAACAGCUAUGCAGAAGAAGGGCUAGAAUGUUACAAUAAAGUUAAACAAAAUAAAUAAAUAAAGCCUCUCUCGUAAUUCAUGUAAAUUCUGCUGAAAAGAAAAACUGCCAAAAUAAAAAUGCAGCAAAACAUA